CGACCAAAUGCAUGACCCGUUCUAAUUCAGUUUCUCCCUUUCUUACCGCAUGUACGUGCCCGGCUGCUUCCUAUAUACACCACACUGCCUCACCCUCUACACAUGCAUAUAGUAACCUUAAUUUGCUUAUAACCUAGCUAGCUACCUUAUUAACCUCGGGCAUAAGAAGAUUAAAUACGAGAUCGUCGUCGAGCACCUUGCAACCAUUGUUCAUGCACGUCUUUGCACCGCACCAGGUGACCCCGUUGUCGGUGUUGCUCGCUGCUGCUGCUGGUGGUGGUUUCGAUCGCCGUGAUCGGAGCAGGGUUGUCGGCGGCGGCGGCGGCGGCCGAGAGGGUUGGGAGAUGGACGAGGUGCUGGCGCAGAUCAGCGAGGGGUUCCGGCUCGCCGGCGAGCUGAUGUCGGAGCUCGCGGCGACCCAGAACGACCCGGACUACCUGGCCGCGCGCUGCCACGCCAUUGCCGGCGCGUACGCCGCCGCGGCGCGCGUGCUGCAGGGGGCGCGCCACGGCGGCGGCGGCGUGGGCGCGGCGUCGACGUCGUUCGGCGGCGAGGGAUACCUCCAUCACCAGCAUCGCCAGCAGUUGGACCUCCUCCGCAUGUACGUCGGCGGCACGGCGCCGGACGAAGCCGCCGCCGCCGCCAACCCGUUCCUCGGCGGCGGCGGCGGCGCAACAACGGCGGCGUUCCGCGCGCCGUCCGACGCGUACGGCGGCGCGGGCGCCGGCACGUCGGGUGGCCCGGUGAGGCGGGUGUCGUCGUCGUCGCGCUCGCCGCCGUCGCCGGUCCAGCCGCGCCAGGGCGGCGCCGGCAGCAGGAGGAGGAGGGAGAGCGGGGAGAAGGUGACGGUGAUGGUGGCGGCACAGCGGACGGGGAACACGGAGCAGCCGCCGGAUGACGGGUACACGUGGCGCAAGUACGGCCAGAAGGACAUCCUCGGCUCCAGAUAUCCCAGGAGCUACUACCGGUGCACUCACAAGAACUACUACGGGUGCGAGGCGAAGAAGAAGGUGCAGCGGCUGGACGACGACCCCUUCACCUACGAGGUCACCUACUGCGGCAACCACACCUGCCUCACCUCCACCACGCCGCUGCUCACACUCCCCGCCGCCGCCGCCACUUCGGUGACAAACUCUCCGACCGCCGCCGCCGUGCUCGGCCAGGACUUCGUCAUGGCGCCCGCCGCCGAUCAGCAGCCGCCCCAGCACCAGCAGGCGCAGCCGCCGCUGUCCACGUCCAUCCACCUCGGCAUCGGAUGGCCGAUGACGCCGGCCAGCCUCGCCGGCGCCGUAGGCGAGGGAAGCACUAGCACUACCGCCACCGCGCCGCAGGUGACGACAAUGGGCGCCACGGCGGCCGGCGGCGGCGGUGCAGCAGCUAGGGACGCGGACCAUUACCCGGUGGCGGACCUCGCCGACGUCAUGUUCAACUCCGGCGGCAGCGGCAGCAGCAGCAUCAUGGACGGCAUUUUUUCUUCUCACGAUCGACGUGAUAACUGAUCAAUCAGUCUCACCUCUCUGAUGUCAUUAUUAUUAGAUCUCGUUUUGCUUCUUAACUUAAUUGGUGUAUUUAGGUGAGGCAUGCACAUUGUGCAUGUAGAUGUUGAAAUUUUUGUUGUUAGAUACACACUUGAUUGGAUCACUUAAUUGAUUAGGUUCAUGAAUGCUAAUAAUGGUGACUCUGUCUAGGAGAUGCCCGGCGCCCCGGCCGUUAAUUAGCUAGCUCGAUCGAUGUAUAGAUAUAGCAUAGUAUCACGAAAUAGCGAGUUCAUUAGUGUAAAUCUCCAAUUAAGUUGUAUAAUAACCACAGUGAUCGAUUGAAGUUAUAUUAAUUAUUUCAGGCUAAUUUUGCUUCA